AUGGAAUACUUGAUAUUAGAAGAAAAAUAUAAAAAUCUUCUGAAUAAAUCUAACUAUGAAAAUAGGCUGCUUAAGAAAGAAACAGAAAUACUUAACAAGAAAUUGGAGAAUUUAGAAAGUGCUUAUAUAGAUACUGAAAAUAAAAUAACGGAAUUUAUUAAAGAUAAAGAAGAAUUAGAAGAUUAUUUAUAUAAAAUAAAAAGAGAAAAUUUGGAUUUAAAAGAUGAAGUUUCUAAAUUAAAUGAAAAAAUACAAGAUUUAAAAGGUUUAACUAAAACCUAUAGAAAAAUGAUUAAAAAUAGAAAUAAGGAAUUAUUCGAAUCAGAAAUUUUAAUGGCAGAAAAUAUUAAUUUAAGAAAUAAUAUACAAGUUGUGAAUAACGAGAAAUUAAGUUUAGAAUCAGAACUAAACAAGAAAAAAAAAAUUAUUAAUGUUAUCAAAGAUAAAUAUAAAAAGAAUAUAGGAAGAUUAUUGGAAAAAUUUAAUCAAAAAGAUAGACACAUAUAUGAAUUCCAAUCUUUUAUUAUUGAUGAACUGAAUAAUUUAAAAGAAGUCAUAUUACGUGAAAAUGAAAAUAUGCAUUUCGAUGAAACCUUAAUGAAUAAUAAAUUCAUGAAUAUAAGCUUUCAUUUAGAUAUUUUAACCAAAAAAUUAGAAGAAAAAAUGACGAUAUCUAUAAUUGAAUAA